UGAGAGAAAGCAGAGUCAAAAUGAAGAAGUUACUUGUGUUUGUCUCCUUUCUGGUCCUGAUGACCACUUUUACAGACACUUCACCAAUUUUGCCUGAAAAAGAUGCCAAACAGAUUCUGAGAACUCGUCGUGAAGACAGAGCGAGAAAAGCUGGUUUCCCUGAUGAGCCAAUGAGGGAGUAUAUGCUUUACCUCCAGCGCUUGGAGCAGAGAUCAGAAGAACAAUUCCUUGAACAUUGGCUGAAUCCACAUUGCCUCCCACACUGCAACAGGGAUUUAGUGCAUCCAAUCUAAUGGCUUUGCCUACCCUGCAAUUGAUCUCUUCAUGGGCACUGAAAAGGAUAUAUACUAUGAUUGUGUCAAGGAGGACAAGAUUAUUGCUGCACUGGCUACGUGCUCAUGGUUGAGCUGAACCUCUUUGCAAUCCCACUGAUAGAGCAAAGCUUCCAACUAUAAAUGGCUAGAUAUGUUAUAGACCACCAUAUAUUUUCUAGCAGUAAUGAUUGCAUGCAUGAAUAAAUAUAUCAAGGUUGAAUAUAUCAGUUCUGAGAUACAGGCAAAAAUGAAUGACUGAUUAGUCCUAGAGUGUGCUUUUUAAGGGUACAGUUUUAGACUGUCUGAAGCAGAAGGAAAUUUGAGGGACAGGUCCGUAGAAAAUUACAGAAUAUAAACAUGAA